AUGUCAUUAUCCGACUACCUUGCCAAAAAUUACCUCACUGAUACCAAGAAGAAAAGUAAAAAGCCCAAGAAAGAAAAAAAAGGGAAGCAAGAGAAUUCAGUUAUAGUUGAGAAUCAAAUCUCGUUGAAGAAGAAUGAAACAAAUGAAGAAAUAGAUGAUCUAAUUGAUGAACCAACUGAGGUUCUUCAACCACCAAGGAAGAAACAAAAGGCAAAGGGAUGGAAAGUGGUAGGCACGAAUGAAUUAGUUACAGAUCUACCGCCAACAGAACGCGAAGAAGUAAAAAUGUCUUCUGGUGCAAAAGCAGGUCUUCAAUCAGCAGAAGAAGUUUCAAAACAAAUAAAGGAGAAAGAGCAAAAACAAAAACAAGAAAUGGAAGAACAAAGAUUGUUGAAUAAUAAAUCAUACAAUGAGACAGUUUACAGAGAUAAAUCAGGCCGAAAGAUUGAUAUGGAACAACAAAAAGCAGAUGCUCAAGCAAGAGAAGAAGAAGAAGAAAAGAUCAAAAAAAUUGAAAAUCUCAAACAGAAUAUGGGUCUUGUUCAACUAUUGGAUAUUCAAGAAAGCAAGGAUAAACUUGAUAGUAUAUCAAAGGUAGGGAUGACCAGGCACGCUGACGAUCAAGAAUUGAAUGAAAAAUUGAAAAUCAAGGAGCAUGAGGAUGAUCCAUUACUUUCGUUCCACCCUACGAAGUCAAAAAAGUACGUUUCGAGAACAGGAAGGAAGCUUUAUAAAGGCGGAUUCCCAGAAAAUAGAUUUGGUAUUGUUCCAGGUUGGAGGUGGGAUGGUGUUGAUAGAUCCAAUGGUUUUGAAAAAUCCUGGUUUAAAAAACAAGCUGAAAUACAAGAACGCAAAACCCUAUCAUACACCAUGCAAGAGGAUUACUAA